AUCCGGUGAUCUUUCUAGUCGUUUCCUGCGUGUGACCGACCGACCUCACGUCCUCGAAGAGAAGCCGUGCUGCUAGAGCUGGGACUACUGUCCUCUGUUAGGCUUUUUUUGGUGAAUUUCAGAGCCGUCAUCAUGGUUUUCGAGAGGAAAAUGCUCACAUACGAUGACCCUGACGACGAGGAGGAAGAUGCACCUGCUGAGGAGGAGGAAGAAGAAGAAGAAGAGGAGGAGGAAGAAGAAGAGGAGGAAGACAUGGUGGACCCUCUAGAAACAAUACGAGCCAAGUGUGAGCAGACUGAACACUGUGUGCACCACAAGGAGCGUCUGGAGGCCUGUGAAGCCCGAGUUGGCUCCAGGUCCAACACUGAGGAGGACUGCACUGAAGAACUGUUUGACUUCCUGCACGCACGGGACCAUUGUGUAGCACACAAGCUGUUCCACAACGUGAAAUGACCUGCCCACCCUGUUCCCACCACUUGCAGCUGUAGUAUCUAUUUAACUGCAAAAAUUGUAAAAUAAUUAGGACAAUUCUGAAGUCUUAUUGUUCUUCUGUGUAUUAAUGUAAAUGAAUUUUCUUGGGUUCAUGGACUAAACAUAUACCACCUCUUUCCAGACAGGGUCUUAAGCAGUUUGUAAAUUGUGAGUCACUGCUUGUAUGGGUGAUGGGUGCAUCCAAGCUUUUAAAGGUUGUGCAAACAAAGGGUUCAGACUAUCACUCAUAAUGGGAUCAGUUUAUAUAACUACAACAAGUAUGCUUCUCCACUAACACAGAUUACCUCAGGUUUGGUCAUAGACUUUUCAUUUGAACCAUAAAAUAAAGUUUUCUUUGGUUUCCA